AUGGAUGGGAACGAUGGACAAGACUCCUCAAAGAAACUCUCUAAAGAGUACAUCUUCCAUAUUAAGAAAAUGAACUAUAGAAAAGCUUCGGAGAUUUUGGAGAGAAUGAUGAAGGUAAGCGAGUCAGCUAAAGAAGAUCUUUAUGUGGCCAAGUUACUCUUCGACGUUGGGAAUGGAUUGGCGUGGCAAGGAUAUUGUUAUGAGGCCGAGGAGAACCUCGAACGAGCUCUUGAGAUACAGUUGAAGAAAUUGGGAGAAAAUCAUGAUGAUACAGCAAAUACCUACGAAGCCAUAGGCGAGACGCUUCUGCGACAAGAUGUCAACCACCAAAAAGCCGAAGCGAUGUACCGAAAAGCUCUGGAUAUCAAACGGGAAAUUCUGCCAAAAAAGGAAGUGGCUGAUUUGAUCGAUCUAUACCAGCAAUUAGCGCUAUCGUUACAAAAGCAAAGGAAAUUCUCAGAAGCAACCAAGAUUCAAAAAUUCGUGCUUGCGACAUUGCUUGACUUGCAUGGGGAAGAUCAUCCUGCCAUCGUAAAAACAUACAUUGCCAUUGCAGGUCGGUUGAGAGACGAAGACAGGCCUGACGAUGCUCUUCAGAUGAGUGAUAAAUGCAUCGAUAUCUGCUCUCGCCUACAACAGCAAGAAGAAUUUGAUGUAAAAGUAUUGGCCAUGUCGCUACUCGUCAAAUCAAAAUGCCUUUUCGAUUUGCAAAACUUCGAAGGUGUCACGGAGCUGCUCACCCAAUUGCUAGUGAUAGAGGAAUCCCUUGGUGAAAUGGACCCCUCCACAGCCGAAACCUAUGAAAACCUUGCAGUGACAUAUAUCCGACGAGGUAUGAUAAAAGAUUCCAUCAAGGCGUACACGAAAGCCAUACAUAUUUUCAAGACAGUGCUUGGUGACGAUCAUCCAGACACAAAGAAGUAUAUGAGUUUUGUUCAAUUGUUGGAGCGCGAGAAAGUUGCCAAAGCACUGCACGAAGAGGGACUAGCAAUAAAGGAGCACGGCGAUUUGAAAAAGGCGCUACAACUCUUCCAAGAAGCGCUGGGCAUUUACACCGAACUCUAUGCUGCUCAGGCCCAUCCCAGUUUUAACGCACUCGCCGAGAGUAUCUCGGCUCUCCACGCUGAUAUGAUACCAAUAUUGGAGAUGCAAGGCAAGCUUUCGCAAAUAGCCAAAAUGAAAAAGCAAAUGCUUGCGAACCUACUUCUAAUCUAUGAUGAAAACCACCCUCGCGUUCAAAAAGAAUACAUGGGAAUGGCAGGGCUGAAGACUGACCAAAAAGGGUUUAAAGAUGCAAGGUUGGCAGAAGCACUUCUCAAUAAAGCAAAAAGCUUGGAAGCACUGGGGAACUCCGAAGGUGCCACGGAGCUGUUCGCCCAAUUGGAAACGCUAAUGGUAGAUAAGGAAACGCUUGGUGAAAGGCACCCGUCCACAGCAGAAGCCUAUGAAAAACUUGCACUAACAUAUGCCAGAAGAGAUUUGACAGGAGCUGCCAUCCAGGCAUACACAAAAGCUAUCAAGAUUCGCAAAGCGGUGUUUGGCAAUGAUCAUCCCCGCACAAAGGAGCUUAUGAUUUUCCUUAAGGUCUUAAAGCGGGAGAAAAGUGCAAAAGCACUGCACAAAAAGGGACUAGCCAUGAAGCAGAAAGGCGAUUUGGAAAAUGCGCUAGAUCUCAUCCAAGAGGCACUGAGUAUCUACAACCAAAUCUAUUCUUCUCAGAUUCAUCCCAGUUUGGAAACAUUCUCGGAGAAUAUAUCGGCUAUCUACUAUGAUAUGGCAGAAGUCUUCGAGAUGUUUUCGGAUGCCAAUGUAGAGAAGGGUUUGCUGGAGCUUGGCAUUGCUUCAAGUUUAGAAGCCCUCAAGCUUCGUCGAAAUGCAUUUGGGGACGAUCAUCCUGAAACGAAAAAGCGAAUGGAAGCGCAUCGAUCUUUGCUGCAUCGUCUCUUGGAAAAUCGGACCUAA